CGCUUGGUCACGUGACUGUCAAAAUGAUACAAUUAGGAGGCAAUGCCUCCAGUGAGACGGCUGACAAUUUGGCCAUGCCGAUCAAGGGGAGAGACGAAGGGAAAAAUCACAGCAUUCUGGCUCUUUUGCCAGGUGCGAAAAUCCAGUCAGGAGGGAAAGUUGUAGUGAAUGUCGGAACUACUCGCGAGACUGUGGUCUUCAAUGUCGGUGGUACGAAGUUCGAAACCUACAAAACAACACUUAACAGCCAGCCUGAAUUUGCAUUGGCGGAUGAAAAUUUUCUACGGAAGCACUUCCGGAAGGAUGCUGGGGAUUACUUUUUUGAUCGCGAUCCGGAUAUGUUCAAAUGUAUACUUAAUUACCUCCGCACAGGAGAGCUCCACCUUCCUUCCAAUAUAUGCGGACCGGCGGCCAAGGCAGAAUUAGCAUUUUGGCAGAUUCCAGAUGAUAUGAUCGAGAGAUGUUGCUGGACUGAUUACAACUCCUGGAACUCCACACUUGCCGCCCUUAAUCAACUCGAGCACGACCGCAAGGGGUCGCUACUAGACUCCAUAGAGUCGGAAGAAGCAGGAAUAAGCUCAUGGACAAAAUGGCGGCCACGAUUAUGGGUGAUGUUGAACGACCCCGAAUCGUCACGAAUAGCGAAGGUAUACGGAUGGGUGUCGUUGGUUGUAGUGGCGGUUUCUAUCUUCAGUUUCAUGGCGGAAACCCACCCGACGUUCGGCCACACACAGUAUAGAGAUGUUCAGGUAUUACCUAAUGUGACGAACUACACACAAAAUGAUGACGUCAAUCAAACUACUGCUGUCCCAGUGACACUGAACUCAACAACUGGUGGCGUGGUCAGACAGUCGUAUUCUGUGACACAUCCAGUAUUAAAUGUAAUUGAUCUCGUUUGUCUAGCCUUUUUCACAGUAGAGCUUAUAAUACGAGUCACUUUAGCAAAACGGAAGUUGCAAUAUUUGACCUCGUUAAUGGGGGUCAUCGAUCUCCUGGCACUCAUCCCUGAUUACGUCGAACUUAUCGUCUACAGCGUCAGUCCAGAACUCCAGUAUGAUGGAUCCGUGAAUUUCAUUUCCGUACUUCGGAUUACAAGGGUGUUGAGGAUAUUCCGACUCAUUCGUCACGUGCCAGGAUUGUGGAUUCUCAUCUACACACUACGGGCGUCCUUCAAGGAGCUGUUGUUGAUGUCGGCCUUUCUUAUGGUUGGCAUGCUGGUUUUCUCCUCAUUAAUAUACUUCGUGGAUGAUCGGGAAACUUUUACCUCAAUCCCACACGCCUUCUGGUGGGCGAUCGUAACCAUGACGACAGUGGGUUAUGGUGAUAUGUAUCCAACUACAAACAUGGGUUAUCUGGUAGGGUCAUUUUGUGCCCUGUCGGGUCUUCUCAUGAUAGGGUUUUCGGUACCAGUUCUCGUCAAUAACUUUAUCAUGUACUACAAACAUGUCCAGUUUGCGCUGGAGGAGGACCACAACAAAAAGAUCCGGGCCAAAGAAAAAGCGGAAAAGGAAGCUGGUGGGGGAUUGUUAGAUAUAAUGACAAGAGGGACAACCGGAAGUAAAGACAAUUCCCCAGAAGCUGUUCCGUUAAACAGGUUGUCCCCAAACGGUAACCAACAUUUGGACGCCGACGCUUAGUAAAUGAAUACUGAUAUUCGUUUUAGUGCUGCUGUUUUUUGGUGAAAUUUCAGAGCGAUUCGUAAAUUUACGACUUGGUCAAUAUGAGGAAGCCAACGAAAAGUUUGAUCAUUUCGUGAGAUUUCUGAAGGAGCCAUCUAGAUGUGUGGUAACAGAUUUAUCUUAUACUUGUUGGAGUAUUAGUGGUAUUUUGAAUGAUUCUCUUAUAGGAAGGAGCUUUACGUCAUAUGUUUUGCUUUACGUUAAUUAAGAGUUAUUGCUAUGGCAACGUGACGUAUAGUGUUGUUGAGAUGUAUUAGAAGCAUAAUGGUAUUUUACGAUAUACUCAGACCAGCGGAUAGUGCAUAUAUUUGUUACACAUAUUAUUUGUAUUUCGUUAUAUAAUAUUUCGACAUUCCAUCACGUCAUAGCUGUAACAACAAAUUCCAUUGGUUUAUAUGAUGUGUUCAUAUUUUAUCACGUCAUAGAUGUAACGACACAUUUCAUUGGUUUAUAUGAUGACUCUACAUUCCAUCACGUCAUAGAUGUAACGACACAUUUUAUUGGUUUAUAUGAUAUUUCUACAUUCCAUAACGUCAUAGAUGUAACGACACAUUUCAUUGGUUUAUAUGAUGAUUCUACAUUCCAUCACGUCAUAAAUGUAACGACACAUUUCAUUGGUUUAUAUGAUAUUUCUACAUUCCAUCACGUCAUAAAUGUAACGACACAUUUCAUUUUUAUAAUAAUCAUGUUGUACUCGACUCAAGUGUUCAAUUUGAUAAAAGGUUAUAAAACUGUAUUAGUUUUCAGUGUGUCAACACUUUCAUUGUAGAGAGUAAAAUGUUUAAAGCUGGAGUAUUUGGGGGGGGGAUUCCUUCGUUUUCUCCUUCCCUCCUUUCUAUGCUUCGUUUCUGCUUUCUUUCCAUUUCUCACAUAUAUAGGUAUUUGAUUUUUUCUUCUGUUUGUUUUCUUUUUUUGUUACAACUGUCAUGUAAAUUGCUUAAUCUGUAAGAUUUGGUGUUAUAGAAAGUGCUAUAACGAUAGACGCGAAAGUGAAUGUAACCCCUGGAGUAUCGAGGAUGGACAUACCCCAGGGGUACAGAUAGCGAAAGUGAAUGUAACCCAUGGAGUAUCGAGGAUGGACAUACCCCAGGGGUACAGAUAGCGAAAGUGAAUGUAACCCAUGGAGUAUCGAGGAUAGACAUACCCCAGGGGUACAGAUAGCGAAAGUGAGUGUAACCCAUGGAGUAUCGAGGAUGGACAUACCCCAGGGGUACAGAUAGCGAAAGUGAAUGUAACCCAUGGAGUAUCGAGGAUGGACAUACCCCAGGGGUACAGAUAGCGAAAGUGAAUGUAACCCAUGGAGUAUCGAGGAUGGACAUACCCCAGGGGUACAGAUAGCGAAAGUGAAUGUAACCCAUGGAGUAUCGAGGAUGGACAUACCCCAGGGGUACAGAUAGCGAAAGUGAAUGUAACCCAUGGAGUAUCGAGGAUGGACAUACCCCAGGGGUACAGAUAGCGAAAGUGAAUGUAACCCAUGGAGUAUCGAGGAUGGACAUACCCCAGGGGUACAGAUAGCGAAAGUGAAUGUAACCCAUGGAGUAUCGAGGAUGGACAUACCCCAGGGGUACAGAGAGCGAAAGUGAAUGUAACCCAUGGAGUAUCGAGGAUGGACAUACCCCAGGGGUACAGAUAGCGAAAGUGAAUGUAACCCAUGGAGUAUCGAGGAUGGACAUACCCCUGGGGUACAGAGAGCGAAAGUGAAUGUAACCCAUGGAGUAUCGAGAAUGGACAUAUUCCAGGGGUACAGAGAGCGAAAGUGAAUGUAACCCAUGGAGUAUCGAGGAUGGACAUACCCCAGGGGUACAGAUAGCGAAAGUGAAUGUAACCCAUGGAGUAUCAAGGAUGGACAUAUUUCAGGGGUACAGAGAGAGAAAUAGAACGUAACCCCUGGAGUAUCAAGGAUGGGCGUAUUCCAGGGGUACAGAGAGAGAAAUAGAACGUAACCCCUGGAGUAUCAAGGAUGGGCGUAUUCCAGGGGUCGGGAGCGGAAGUAUCGUGGAUGAAGACAGAUAUCUGUCACUUGUAUAAGACGAUGGUACUCGUUGUCAUAGCUACAGCACAGCCGUCUCUUAAAUGGAGACAUGGUAUUUCUUGGAAUGCGUCAAAGAAAGUCUUUUAUAAAGAAUUGCAUUAGCUAAAGUAGCGUCAUUGAUACGAAGUUCUUUUAAUCACACAAUCAUCCUGUUCUCCACUGACUUCGUCUGUGUAAUAUAUCAUGGAGUGGUUGUCAUUGGCUACGGCAGUCAAAAAUCGAUGAUGACCUCAUAAUACGUCAUGAAUUGAAAUGGUGCAAAAAAGUGGCUGCUUCUUUUGAUUAUGUCCUGCACAUUUUGAAUUUUAAAUCUGUCAAAAUGUACAAGUUUUAUGAGUUAUGUGAUAAAAAAAACAUCUUAAAUUUGGUCUUAGUUUUAUGAGGCUUAUGAAACUUGUCUUAACGUUUUCAUUUUUGCUCACCAAAUCUCGCAAACAAAAAAAAUUAAAAUUUAAAAACGGAAACAAGACAAAAUAUUACAAAAAUGGGAAAAAACACAUCCAAGACUCUUUUUGUGAAAAAUAAAUAAAUAAAAAAUCGUAUACGCAACUAAACCUCGUUUAAGAUACUGUAUAUAUAUGUUGACAUAGGUAAUCCAUUAUCAGUUGUUUGUACAUUGUUAUAAAUUAUAUCAAUUCUGGUAAUGGGAAUAUAGCAUUAUACUUACCCCGGGUCUUUACCAGAAUUUCUAAUCGUCGCUAUAUGGGUGUCACCAUAAUAUCUGUUUAUGUCGUAGUAAUGUCAUUAUACGCCUUGUUUUAUAAUAAAAUAUUUGACAUGUU